UUUAUUUUUUGGGGGCAAGAGUAUUUUGAAAAUUCAAAAGCUAACGAGCUUCCUAGGACGUUAGAUAAGAGAGUUAAAAGUGAAAAUACACAUAUCAAAUUAUCAAUACAUAAUUUUGUCAUUAUACCUUUGUUUCUUAUUAUAUACAACAAAUACUUCCUCCGUUACACAUUAUGUGCAACAAACUUUGUUCCACGUUUCCCAAGAUAAAAUUUGUUAAUAGGUGAUUAACAAAUUAAAGGGUUUGUGAUUAAGGGUGGGAGAGAGAAAGGGGGAAAAUUAAUCAGCCACCACUAUCCACCAGCAGCAACAAUGCAACAUCCAACCACGCCCACCACAUACCACCACCCACCAGCAGCAACCUCCACCACCACCCACACCCCGAAACCACCACCAUCCACAUCUACCCACACCCCGAAACCAUCACCAACCACCACCUCAUCCCGUAAUCACCAACCACCACCACCCCAUUCUGUCUCAUCACCAUAACCACCAAAACCCACUCCAAACAACACGCAUCAACACCGCAACUCGUAACCCAGUCACCACUGCCAAGAUUCGAAACUCCAACCCACCCAAAUCACAGACACAAACAAGAUCUGAAACCCCUCCAUAACCACCGAAAACUAACCUCAACCAACUCGCAGCCAAACAAAACCCGAUCAAUUUUUAGGGUUCAAUUUUGAGGAUGAUCGGCGGCUAUAAAAAAGGGGAAAAAGAGUCAGGCGACGACUUUGACGAAGGAAAAUAGGGCUAGUAUGACUCGAUCGGUGGUGGUUUUCGGAGAAGAAAAAAGAAAGAGAAGCGGCUUUUGGGUUAAGUGUGGCUGGUCGGAAAUUAUCUGGGAAUUUCAAGGCGGCAGCAAUGGAGUGGGAGUUCGAGGUUAUGGGUGGCCGGCUGGGUGGGGCAUUUUUGCCUGGAGGUGGGCUGGGGUCGUGGCAGAGAGAAAAGAGAAUGAGAAGUAGUUGUGGUUGUGGUGGUGAUGGUUGUUGUGGUGGUGGUGAUGGUUGUUGUGGUGGUGGUUGUUAUGGAGGUGAGUGAACAGUUGGUGAUGAUGGUGGUGGAUAGGUUGUGAGGGAGGAGAGAGAUUAAGAUUAGGGAUUUUAUCAUAAAUGAAUUAAUUUAGUUUAAUAUAAUAAAAACAUAUAAUCUUAUUAAUUUAAUGUGUGUUAUUGAACUUAAGUAAGGGCAUAUGGGUCAUUUUAUACAAAAAUAUUUACUAUAAGUGGAAAUUUUUACUUUUACUUUGUUGCACAUAAUGUGUAACUUCCAUUUUUGGAAAUUGUUGCACAUAAUGUGUAACGGAGGAAGUAAAUAUUUUAUGUCUCAUACCCGUAAGUAUUACUCUUUUGUUGCACAUACGACUAUACGAGUAAUAAGAAAAGAAGUAGUGAAGUACCCUCCGUAGUAUUUUUAUGUGUUUUUAUAUUUCCAAAGACAAAUAUGCCAUGAACAAAUGUUACACAAUUAGAUUCAUCUCCAAUUGUCGUCGCCGAAAGCAUGAGUAAUAGCAGCGCAACCACCAACAGCGCCACCGUCAAUGGCGGCGUAUCAUCUCCCGCCGGCGCCGGACUCAAAGCCUACUUCAAAACUCCCGAAGGCCGUUACACUCUUCAUUCCGAGAAGUCUCAUCCUUCCACUCUUCUCCAUUAUUCUCACGGCAAAACCGUCUCUCAGGUGACAUUAGCUAAUCUCAAGGAAAAAACAGCUUCAUCCACACCCACAUCAAGCUCAGGUUAUAGUGCAAGUAGUAGCGUAAGGUCAGCUGCUGCAAAGUUGUUAGGUUCGAAUAAUGGAGGGCGAGCUCUUAGUUUUGUAGGAGUUAAUGGAGCUAAUAAAGCUGUUGCUGCAGCUAUGAAAACUGCUACACUUGGAAGCUCUAGUAAUGGUAGCAGCUUGCCAAUCACCAAUUUUGAUGGUAAAGGAAUGUACAUAAUAUACAAUGUGGGAGACACUUUGUACAUUAGCGACCUAAAUUCACAGGAGAAGGAUCCCAUUAAAUCCAUACACUUUGCAAGCUCGAAUCCUGUUUGUCAUACCUUUAAUCCUGAAGCUAAGGAUGGCCAUGACUUACUGAUAGGGUUAAACUCUGGAGAUGUGUACACAGUUUCCUUGAGACAGCAGUUGCAAGAUAUUGGAAAGAAGCUUGUUGGAGCACAUCACUAUAACAAAGAUGGCUCCAUUAAUAACAGCCGGUGUACCAGUGUAGCAUGGGUUCCUCAAGUCAAUGGUUUCUUUGUUGUUGCUCAUGCUGAUGGAAAUGUGUAUGUGUAUGAGAAGGGAAAGGAUGCUACUGUUGAUCCAUCUUUCCCGCUCAUAAAGGAUCCGACUCAAUUUUCUAUUGCACAUGCAAAAUCUAGCAAGAGCAAUCCAAUUUCUAGAUGGCAUAUAUGUCAAGGUUCAAUCAAUAGAAUGACGUUCUCCGUUGAUGGCACUCAUUUGGCUGUUGUUGGGAGAGAUGGCUUUUUAAGAGUUUUUGACUACCAGAAAGAACUGCUAGUAUUUGGAGGAAAAAGUUAUUAUGGUGCUAUUCUCUGUUGUGCAUGGAGCAUGGAUGGUAAAUAUAUUUUGACUGGUGGUGAGGAUGAUCUAGUUCAAGUUUGGAGCAUGGAGGAUCGCAAGGUUAUAGCGUGGGGUGAGGGGCACAAUUCAUGGGUGAGUGGAGUUGCUUUUGAUCCAUAUUGGUCACCCCCAUCUUCAGAUAGGACUGGAGAAAAUGUGAUGUAUCGGUUUGGCUCUGUUGGUCAGGACACUCAAUUACUCUUAUGGGAUUUUUCGAUGGAUGAAAUUGUAGUGCCUCUUCGUCGUUGUCCACCAGGUGGUUCACCUACUUACAGCGCUGGAAGUCAAUCAGCACAAUGGGAUAGUGUGGUUCCAUUGGGCUCUUUACAGCCUGCUCCAAGUAUGCGAGAUGUCCCAAAGCUUUCUCCACUUGUUGCUCAUCGUGUGUAUACUGAUCCUUUGUCAGACUUGGUCUUCACAAAGCACUCCAUCCUUACAGCAUGCAGAGAGGGGCAUGUAAAAGUAUGGAAGAGACCUGUGUCUUCUGAAACCAUAUUAGGUGAUUCAGAAACUGCAAGGUCGAUAGAAAAGCACCCAAUACCAAGUACCAGUGGGUCUGACUGCAAAUGAUUGUAAGAGUGGGUAUUUUCCAAUUGCUUUUUUGAGUCUUAAUUCGCAGAUUUGAUGGUAGCCAUAUUUAUUAGGAUAUAAUUGGUGUAAUACACCGUCUAAGCUGGUGCCACAGGGUUUUUUUUUUUUUUUUUUUUUUUUUUGACAACUGGUAAACAAACAUAAAAGAGUGUCUCUUAAGUUCCCCUUCUAGCUCAAACAGCUAGGUCAUGGGCUUUCGAGACUCCACUACGCGAGACAUGACAACAGCAGAAAUAAUCAAAUUUUUCAAUCAACGAACAGAUUUCUUCCA